CAAAUUCCGGUAUAUCCUUCUUCCCUUCCCCCUUGCUUGCUUGCUUGCUUCGUAGAACAUGUUGGAAGUUCCUUCUAAGUCUUCAGGAAUGUCAACAAGUACUUUUAAAGAAAAAAAAAGUGCCGCUUUGUUAGUGAUUGGCCGAAAAAAAUCUUUUUUUUUCAUGAUUUGCUGACUGGUGGGAGCCGUCCCGAUUGGUCAGACCAAACCGCGCGCGCGCGCCUGAAAAAUGCCGCCUUCCGGGGAUUCUGCUUUGGAGCGCGGCAAUCGGCGGGACGCAGUCGGCACUAUGAGUUGCAUGAUGAUGCCGAGAGUGCAGCCAGGAUCACCGCACAAGACCCGCGGCCAGAUACAGGUCAUCUUUGGACCCAUGUUCUCUGGAAAAAGCACUGAACUGAUGCGCCGAGUCCGUCGAUUUCAAAUUGCACAGUAUAAAUGUCUACUAAUCAAGUAUGCAAAAGACACACGCUAUUGUGUCAAUGGAGUCUCCACACAUGACAGAAACACCAUGGAGGCCAUGUCAGCUUGUUGCCUCAAAGAUGUCCAGCAGGAGGCUCUGAAUUCCACUGUGAUUGGCAUUGAUGAAGGCCAGUUUUUUCCAGAUAUAGUUGAAUUUUGUGAGACAAUGGCCAAUGCAGGGAAGACUGUCAUUGUGGCAGCCCUUGAUGGAACAUUUCAGAGGAGGGCUUUUGGGAACAUCUUACAACUAGUCCCCUUAGCAGAAAGUGUGGUGAAACUUAACGCGGUUUGUAUGGAGUGUUUUCAUGAGGCCUCUUACACUAAAAGGCUGGGAACAGAGAAAGAGGUGGAAGUAAUAGGAGGGGCAGACAAAUAUCACUCAGUCUGCCGGGGCUGCUAUUUCAAAAACCGACAACACUUGGUAUCCGAAAACAAAGAGAACCUACUGGGUGGGAAUAAACCCCUGGAUAUUAAUGCCUCCAGGAAAGUCUUGGCUACCCAUCAGAUCAUGCAGUGGAAUCCAUCGAAUUGAACAAAGGAAGCAAGAGAUCUGAUUCCCAGGUGGAUUUAGAGAGACGUUUUUUCUGUCCUUCCUUCUAGCUUUGUAUUGUUAAACUGAUACCCGUCCAAAACAUCAGAGAGAGUUGUUUUUAUGAGGAGCAACAAGGCUUGAAGACAUUAUUAACAUGCUAUGAAUAAGGGUGUUCUAUAUUGAGAACUGCGCUGGUUUCUUAGUCUCUAGAGGGAAGAUUUUGAAAUGUCAUUAGUGGCAUUUCCUCUUGCACAAAACUUCCCCAAACGGUUUAAUUCAGAGUUUUAACGGCCAUAAUAGCUAAAUUUACUAACAGCAAGUUGCCCUAUGAAACUGAAACAUUAUUUUUCUGAAUCCAUCAAAUUGGGGCUUGAGGGCAGGGGAAUUCUGACUCUAUAUUCAAUAGGUAAUUCAUUGACAAUGAAACAGGCUGUUGGGUUUUAAAGACUGAAUAGAUUAACUGAACAAAAUGUAUUUUUAUUUGGUGCUGUAUAUAGUAAAGGUCUGGACUUACAAAGAAAAAGGCCCUUUCUCCAGCCCUUACAAUCAAUAUAAUUAAUAAAAGCUCUUUAAUUGCUAUCCAACUUUCCUGGAUAGAUUGACACCUUACAUUAUUGACUUAAUUAUAUUCUACUUUUGCUUGUUUAAUUUAUUAAACUGGCUACUAAUGUGUCACUUGUUGUUUAAGUAUUAUAUUCCUGCUUUAUACUUUCUCGCAUACUAUCUAGCAUUUUGGUUUUACUGCAGUGAUGAGUAUCCACACUUCCUCUUUUUGAGUAAAUGUAGUCCUUUUACACUGAAAAUAUCCCCAGUAUCUUCUGUUGUCUUAGGAGCAGAAAUAUUAACUUCUGUAGUAGAAACUGAAGUUUUAAUCAAUGAUAUAUUGAAUAAAAUUAUCCUUACUUUUAAGUUUUAUGUGUAGUACCAGUUCACCUUAAGAAUAUUUAAGUUAGUGACAAAAACUUUUACUACUGGUUUAAAAUGUAUUCUAGAGUUACCCACCCACUUUGUUAAAGCCUGUUGAUAUAACACAUUAUAUUGCCCUAACAAGUAAAUCAUUAAUCAGGAAAUGGCUAUUUGUAUGACAUUCAGUAAAGGGAAAUUACAGCUGAAAAUGCUAAGAUUGUUUUCUCUGGGAAGCUUAAAAAUAAUUACUACCAAUAAUCCUACCCUAGUUAUUCCUAAACAGUACAAAUGAUCUUCACAUAAGAUAUAUAAUUUUUUUUCAGACAAAAAGCAGGCAAUAAAGGCUAGCCUAAAAGGGUUCAUGCUUUUUAAAUGAUCCAGUGCUGUCCCUUUGUUAGACAACAAUACACCCUUGCCCAGUUAUUAAUCCCUCUGUAAAUUAUUUUCCUCUCCCCUAAAAUUAUACGAUACAUGAAAAUCCACAAUAUGUUCUAAGGGAUGCGUACAAUCCAACUUCUACUAUGGCAAAAGAUUUAAAACUCUUCAAAGCCCCAAGAUUGCAAUAUUUGCCUGAAGUUUCUCAAAACAUGCAAUUAGAAAAGAGCAGUGUUAACAGCCACCGGCUAGGGAUACAAAAAA